GGCAAGCUUAUUCUGACAACUAAACAUUUCAUUCCAGUGUCUGAGUAAAGGAGCAGCACAACGGCAAGCAGCCUUCCUCAGCCAUUUUUCCGGUCUUCCUAAUACAGCGUAAAUGGAUCCGAAUGCUGUCCUAAAACUAAGGGUCAUCCUAGAUGAUAUCAACGCUGAAAGGCUUAUUUUGCCCUCUCGUCCUGAGACUGUAAAUGCCCUCAUAUUGGAGGUGAAAAACAAGUUGAACUUGGCCUAUGACUUUCGCCUUCAGUUCCAAGACCCAGAGUUUGACAAUGCUCUCUGUAAUUUAGUUAAAAUAGAGGACCUUCCAUCCAAGGCAACCAUUAAGAUAGUUAGAUUUGUUGAUUUAGAUAUUAGUUCAACCAGCACAGAUGACACAGUGUUCCUGUCUGAUAACACAGAUUCACCAGAGCGUCUUUGUCGAUGGCCAGAGAUAUUUGUUGUUCCAACAUUCUCAUAUGAGGUGGAGUAUGCUCUAAGAGAGGGCAACUCUGCAUAUGUGCAGGAGGGAAAAACUCUCAGGUUGAUCAGGGAUCAAAAACACAACAUAUUAGAUGUAAUGGCUGCUGAAAUAUAUAAACAUAAAGCAUAUCCUAGUACCAAAGAGAUAGUCAAGGCUGCUGAGGCUCUGGUGAGCAAACACCCCUGUCUGAAAGAAAAUGGUUCCAAAACGGGGUACGAGGGUUGGAAGAACAGUUUGCGCUUCAAAAUGGGCAACUACAGGACAAAACUGAGCAGGGCUGGCAUAAAGGAAGUGGCUAUGAAUGCAGGAAAGCGCAGCAGGUCUAAUCCAGAGGGUGCAGCAUCCAGGGCCAACAUCAAAAGACCCAGAAGAGGGGAAGUCAACUUCCUUCCUAAUUAUCCACUGGGAGAAACUAAGGACACAUUGGAGACCAUGAGGCUUGAGAUGGUGGAGCAGUUCAAGAGGACAUCGAUUGAAAGAGACACGGUUCUCAUCCACCAACUCAUGCAGCGUACCUUUGCACUAAGGCGCGAAGAAAUUGUGAAUUCAGGUCCUCCCAUUGCUGAACUAAAAGACAGAUGGCCUGGACUCUUUUCUGAAGCCCAACUCUACACUGAAUUCCACAGGAUCACCAAUCAAAAUCUGCCACAUUCCUUCUAUGCUGCCCUUGACAAGUACACACCACUGCUGCUAAAGCUCUACAAAAAGAAGAAGACUGGAAGUUUUGCCGAGAAGAUGGAAGAGGUUAUAAUGGCAUAUAAUGUUCAGGACAAGAACAACAUCACUGCAGCUCGAACGACAGCCCUGGCCGGCCUACCACUCUACUUAAAGGAGGAUUCAUCAGAGGUCUUCAAAACUUGCAAGGAUGAGUUGGAGGCAACCCAGGAGGGAGCAGUGGCUCUGGUGGCAGUGGUGGAUGAAGCGGAGGUGCCUGCAGGAGUUCCCUUUGAAACUCACCAUGUGUCAAUCGUCCUCGAAGAUCAGGUUGUAAUGUCUCACAGAUCUUGGACUGAUUCACUGGUAAUUUUGUUUGGACUGAUCUAUGCUCUACAUUUGAGCUACCCUGAGAAGCUGAGUGGCUUCUUUGAGUUCAUCCAGGUUGUCCUGCUAAAUCUUGAUGAUGGGAGAAAGCAGCUCAAACCUAAGUUACAGUCCUUGAGAAAUGAGCUGGAGUAGGUUGUCAGUAGCUUUUAAUGUUGAAUGUCAGCAUUGUUUUUUGCUUGCAUGCCAAAUACUGGUAGCUAAUGACAUGUAUAUACAGUAAACUAUGGCACCUCUGAUUUGUGUGUUAAAAUAGGUCAUAUUCUUGGAUUGCUUCUGUGGUGUUCUCACUUCUCUUUACCACAUGGAAAUAUGUUGAAUUUUUAUUUAUAUGCUUUUUAUAUGAGCCUCAUUUUCAUUGUUAAUUCCAGCAUAUAAAUGUUAAUGUAUACGACAUUUAAUUCAACAGCUUCAUUGUAAAACAAUAUUGGCACGGAAUCCAAGGGAAUCCAAAUGUUGACGUUAAAAAUGUUUUCUUUUGUCAGCUACUGACACUUUGGGUGAACUAUACCUUUAAACUGUUAACUUAAAAUAUGCCCUGCUUUAUGUUAUACAGUUGAUCGUUAUGGGCAUAAGAAUGUGCUUAGUCUGCUGUAGCCUUUAAGAUUGCAUAUGUGAAAAAUCUGAGAGAUAUUUCUUUGAAUUUCAGCAGCUGGUUGCAUUGAGAUGUGAACAACAAAAUAAAUUGCUCAAGCUGA